AGAUGAAUUUUGUUAAUUGAACGAGGCUGUACUAAAUCAAGAUGGCGGCGCUCAUAGACCUUUUUGCUGCGGGUUUGAUGGAGAAGGAUGUCAACUCCGACGUGCUGUGGGUGUGGUCAUAUCCGGUUGUAACUGCCAAACAGCGAGAGCUUAUCCAGAGAAAAGGAUGUCUUAGCACCAACAAUAGCGCCAUCGUGCCAUACGUGUACGGCCAGCACAACAGACAAUGGUUCUACAUCCGGACUGAAGAAGUAAAUGACGCACCAGCCCUUGCCAAGGUCAAGAGUUUCUCGCUCGUGCUGCUGACGAGAGACUUCAACCCAGAGAAGUACAGCUUACUGAGUAAGAUCCUGUGCCAGGCCUACAUGACGUCGGGAAACCCCACCUCCAUGUUGGAACACUACCUGUCGGUGGUCACCAAGGGAAGCUGUCUGAGCGAAGACAACGGCAUGUUCCAGGUGCAGGACUUUGACAUGAGGAAAGCAUUUGCAGCAGCUUCAGUGAAAGAUGUGAUAAAUAAGUUUGAGAUGGAGUCUAUUCUGAUCUACACUGCGUUACUACUGAAGAAACGCAUAGCCGUCUACCACUCCAAAGUAGAAGACCUGUUGCAUUUCGUAAGAGCGCUGCCUUGCCUGGUAUGGCACAGGCAGAACUGGUCCCUCCUCUACCCCUACAUGGACUUGGAGUCAGAGGACGAGAUCCAAGAACUUAAAAGCACCUCGUCCUACGUCGCAGGCUUCACUAAUGAAGCUAUAGAGAGCAGGACGGACCUGUUUGAUCUCUUUGUCAACAUUCCCUCUGCUGAAAUCACUGUCGCUCCUAAUGCUAAAGAGUAUUUUGCCAUGGGGAAGCUGCAUAAAGACAUCGCCCAAGUCAUGGUCAGUAGCGCCCAGGAUGAAGCAGUCAGCAAUAAGCAGACUAUCGUGGAUAUUUCCAACAAGACUAUGGAAUUAAUCAACAACCUCAAGUCCCUCAGCGACUCUGGUCCAGACGGUGAUGGUGCGGGUAAAGUGAGCAUCGAGGCUCUGCGGGAACGCAAAAUGCCACCGGCCACUGAAAACUUCCUGUUCAGUCUCGCUGCUGCUGAAGGACUGGCGCAAGUCUAGGACACAUCGGGCAUUUCCUUAACUACAAGUUGCCAUUAAAAAAUGGGAAUUUUGUAUUUGCAUAUGUGUGUAGUUAAGCAAUUAAUAUUUAGAAAUGGAAGCAAAAGAAUAAAAUAAACUACAUUCUUCAGCUUUUUUUUUUAAUACUUGCCAAAUUGUGUGCUCAGGUGAGUAUAGUAAGAAUCAAGCUAUGGUCAUAAGUUCGCCAGGCAGCUUUGUUUUGUGUGGGGAUGUAAAAAUAUGUGUUGUUGAGUCUCAGAAGAAACCAUCUAGGUAAGUUUCAGGCUUGUACAACUGCCAUAACUUUCCUUGGAACUUGUAACUCUUAACACUCGUUGUAUGGAUAUUCAACAAGAAAUUGUUAAAUCCGCAAAACAAACCAAUUUUCCAGAUCUCCAUACAAGAAUUUUUUCUGUAAAUUUAUUGCCAAUAUAUAAAACAUUUGUGUAUAAUUUCGUGAACAGCAACAAUAUAACAUUUACAUUCCACCGUUAUGAAAUCAGUUUACCACCUCUGUCUUUGGAUCUUUGCUGUAGUUUUGAACAUUGCUAAAAACUAGAAUGCAUAGUUUAAUGACAUAUAAGGAAAUAACUUCUAGAAAGACUACUGUACAUAUAUAUAUAUACUGGAAAAUUUGGAAAGCAUUACCCAUGCGAAGUCUGUACAAAGUUGUCAUGUUAAAAAGAAGCACCACGAUACAUUGCAAAAUUUGCCGAACCUUCAAAGAUAAACAAUCCUCUAUUUUUACUUUUUUUAUGUACAGCUGUAAUGCAGACCCACAUGUAGUUAACAGCAGAAGGAAAAGUUUCUUUUGUUUUUCAAAUGACAAGUUGUUUAUAACUGUUUUCAAUUAUAAAGCUUGGACCAUUGAUGUUAACCAGAAAGGUUUGACUCUUGAGUUGCAGCAUCACGUCCAUAAAACUAAGCCAUAACUGAUAUUGUUUAUUAGAAAGUAAAAAGAGACGAUAAUGAUGCAAACUGUUUCUGAGCAGGCUAUGUCUUUGUUAUAUUUAAACAAUAUGCCUUUGUAUGUUAUACAAAUAAUACAUGUUUAUGAGUGCAAUGGUAAGAAUAAUUUUAUGACGUGUCAGAUGGAGCGUUUCAUUUCACGAGGUGAAACCGAGUGUAAUGAAACAUUCCAUCUGUCACUGAAUGAAAUUAUUCUUUCCAUUGCAAAAAAUGUAAAACAUUGAUUUUUAUUUUAUACACCACCUGAAUAAAUCCUCGUCAUCUGAUUGGUCAGAACCACCAAUUGUGUGACCGUGCAAUGGAAGUUAUAUUUACUGUUGAAUGGAACUUCUAUUUUUGCAAUGCGGCCGUGCCAUGUGUUUUGAUGAAUCUUUCAAUGACACGUUAUCAACAACUAACCAAUCAGAUGACGGGGUUUUAUUCAAAUGUUGUAUAAAAUGAAAUGUCAUGAAUUGUUUUCUCAAGAAAAAUGUGUACAUGUAACUCAGUAUUAUCUUGUAACAAUCUAACAUAUCACUAAAUCAUCUUAUUCUUUCUUCAGCAUAACACAAAAAUAAUAAAUGUCAUUACUAAAUGUGAUUAAAGGCUUACACUGAAAGAGGCUAAAAUUAAUAGAAAAAUACUUCUUUUUGUACAACUUUUGUUAUAUCUACAAAAAUAAAUGAUAUAUAUACAUUUAAUGCUGUAAAUACACACUGUGAUUAGAAAAAUUAUGUUUUGUAUUAAAAAUUGGAAAAAUAAAAAAAUCAUUCCAAAA